UAAACGCGGAGCCACGUGCGGAAGCUGAUCCUGGAGACGCCCCCUCCCCCGCCCCGGGUCGGCGCGUGCGCACUAGGUACGCAGUCUGUAAGGAAGCCCGCGCUUCUGGGCAGAAGCGACAAUCCCGGCUGCACGUGGGCUCCGGGGCGAUGCAGGGAGUGAUGCAGACUGAGACUAAGAUCCGCGCUGAGUCUGGAAUAGAGUCCGGCCCUCGGGGUCCCGGUUGUAGCCUCCGGAACUUUGCCUGCGAACAGAAUUUGUUGUCCCGGCCCGAUGGCUCGGCCUCUUUCCUGCAAGGCGAUACCUCCGUCCUGGCAGGCGUGUACGGGCCAGCAGAGGUGAAAGUCAGCAAAGAGAUCUUCAACAAGGCCACACUGGAGGUGACCCUGAGGCCGAAGAUCGGUCUGCCUGGCGUAGCGGAGAAGAGCCGGGAGCGGCUGAUCAGAAACACGUGUGAAGCGGUGGUGCUGGGAGCUCUGCACCCCCGCACCUCCAUAACCGUGGUGCUGCAGGUCGUCAGCGAUGCUGGCUCUCUCCUGGCCUGUUGCCUGAAUGCCGCCUGCAUGGCACUGGUGGACGCAGGUGUGCCCAUGCGGGCCCUCUUCUGUGGGGUCACCUGUGCUCUGGACUCUGAUGGGACCCUCCUGCUGGACCCCACAGCCAAGCAAGAAAAGGAGGCCCGGGCAGUCCUGACCUUUGCACUUGACAGCGUGGAACGGAAGCUGCUGAUGUCCACCACUAAGGGGCUCUACUCUGAUGCUGAGCUCCAGCAGUGCCUGGCUGCAGCCCAGGCUGCCUCCCAGCACGUCUUCCGCUUCUACCGGGAAUCUCUGCAGAGGCGUUACUCCAAGAGCUGAGGCACGCUGGGGCAAGCUGCCCCUCCCACCACCUCCAGCAUCAAAUAAACUGGUAGCCCAGCCCUGCUGAGAAAGUGGCUAUAGCCAGCCCCUGGGCCCGGGGGGCACAGACUCCACCCCACCCCAGGAAAACACUAGUAGGAUGGUGCAUUUAUUGACUGACUCGACUCAUUCUAACAGCCCGGUGAAGUGGGACUGCUGUUAGAGUGUGCAGGCCCCAGCAGUGAAUGAGGCCCGCGUCCCAGGUUCGAGGAGCAGUGAUGUGAUGGACAAAUAAAAUUGGUGUUUUUUGGAUG